GCGAUCCACGCCCCCCCUGCGGCACGCCCACAACCCGGAUCCACGCCCCGCCAGCGUCACCUCCCCUCCAACAGUGCUUUUCCGGAAGGCAGCGCUGCCCCCACCCCCCGCCGCGCUGGUCCUGGCUCCUCUUGACCUGCUUGGAGCCGCCCCAUCUGGCUGCUGUUGUGGGUUCCAGGACAGCCACGUGAGGGCUGUUUACAGAGGGAAGGAAGUGGCUCCUAACAGACGACAGACGCUUCUCAAAAGACACCUGCUCUUCCUGUAGAACAGACUUUUUCAGCAGGAUUUUCCUUUCAGUGAAACGUGAUUUAACUUGAAAAGGAACCCAGGGAGAAGUCUGAGUCCACAGCUGUCCGGGUGUGAGCCUGAGCGGGUAGAGGUGUGCCCUUGUUUGCCUCAGGCUGUCUGAUUUUCUCAGGCUGUUUUUUCUGUUUCUGUCCAUGGACGAAGAGAAAGAUGACAGCCCAAAGGCUGGCUUCUGCCUGGGCACCGCUCUGCACUCUUGGGGGCUGUGGUUCACGGAGGAAGGUUCACCGUCCACCAUGCUGACGGGGAUUGCGGUUGGAGCCCUCCUGGCGCUGGCCUUGGCUGGUGUUCUCAUUCUUUUCACGUUCAGAAGGCUUAGCCAAUUUCGACAAGCGCAGCCCACUCCUCAGUACCGGUUCCGAAAGAGAGACAAAGUGAUGUUUUAUGGCCGGAAGAUCAUGAGGAAGGUGACCACGCUCCCCAACACCCUUGUGGAGAACACCGCACUGCCCCGGCAGCGGGCCAGGAAGAGGACCAAGGUGCUGUCUUUGGCCAAGAGGAUUCUGCGUUUCAAGAAGGAAUACCCGGCCCUGCAGCCCAAGGAGCCCCCGCCCUCCCUGCUGGAGGCCGACCUCACGGAGUUUGACGUGAAGAAUUCUCACCUACCAUCGGAGGUUCUGUACAUGCUGAAAAAUGUUCGGGUCCUGGGCCACUUCGAGAAGCCGCUGUUCCUGGAGCUUUGCAAACACAUCGUCUUUGUGCAGCUGCAGGAGGGCGAGCACGUCUUCCGGCCCGGGGCGCCAGACCCCAGCAUCUGUGUGGUGCAGGACGGGCGGCUGGAGGUCUGCAUCCAGGACGCUGACGGCACCGAGGUGGUGGUGAAAGAGGUUCUGGCGGGAGACAGCGUCCACAGCCUGCUCAGCAUCCUGGACAUCAUCACCGGCCACACUGCACCUUACAAAACGGUCUCCGCCCGCGCGGCCGUCCCGUCCACCAUCCUCCGGCUUCCAGCUGCGGCUUUUCACGGAGUUUUUGAGAAAUAUCCAGAAACUCUGGUGAGGGUGGUGCAGAUCAUCAUGCUGCGGCUGCAGAGAGUGACCUUCCUGGCUCUGCACAACUACCUCGGCCUGACCACAGAGCUCUUCAACCCUGAGAGCCAGGCCAUCCCUCUCGUGUCUGUAGCCAGCGUGGCUGCUGGGAAGGCCAAGAAACAGGUGUUCUAUGGUGAAGAAGAGCGGCUUAAAAAGCCACCGCGGCUCCAGGAGUCCUGUGACUCAGAUCACAGGGGCGGCCGCCCAGCAGCUGCUGGGCCUCUGCUGAAGAGGAGCCAGUCCGUUCCUGCGCCUUCUGUUCGCAAAGAGAUCUUGGACGAGCUGGAGAAGCCCGAGGCAGGUGACGCUGACCCUUCAGCCCCACAAGGGGGCCCAGCCAGUGCCACUUCCGAUCUGGGGAUGGCAUGUGACCGUGCCAGGGUCUUCCUGCACUCGGACGAGUACCCCGGGAGCUCCAUGGCCAGCAAGUCCAAGAAAAACAUGAUGGUCGCAGAGAUGCCCUCCCCGGUCUCCCACCACUCAGAGAGUCACGCGGAUGAGACCCUGGCCAGCAGGAAGUCGGACGCCAUCUUCAGAGCUGCCAAGAAGGACCUGCUUACCCUGAUGAAGCUGGAAGACUCAUCUCUGUUGGAUGGCCGGGUGGUGCUUCUCCACGUUCCUGCAGGCACGGUGGUGUCAAGGCAGGGAGACCAGGACGCCAGCAUCCUGUUCGUGGUCUCCGGGCUGCUGCACGUGUACCAGAGGAAGAUCGGCAGCCAGGAGGACACCUGCCUGUUCCUCACGCGCCCCGGGGAGAUGGUGGGCCAGCUGGCGGUGCUCACCGGGGAGCCGCUCAUCUUCACCAUCAAGGCCAACAGGGACUGCAGCUUCCUGUCCAUCUCCAAGGCCCACUUCUAUGAAAUCAUGCGGAAGCAGCCAACUGUUGUCCUGGGCGUGGCGCACACCGUGGUGAAGAGGAUGUCGUCCUUCGUGCGGCAAAUCGACUUUGCCCUGGACUGGGUGGAGGUGGAGGCCGGGCGAGCGAUAUACAGGCAGGGGGACAAAUCUGACUGCACGUACAUCGUGCUCAGCGGCCGGCUGCGCUCUGUGAUCCGGAAGGACGACGGGAAGAAGCGCCUGGCCGGGGAGUACGGCCGAGGAGACCUUGUCGGUGUGGUGGAGACGCUGACCCACCAGGCCCGGGCGACCACGGUGCAUGCCGUUCGGGACUCAGAACUGGCCAAGCUGCCGGCAGGAGCCCUCACGUCCAUCAAGCGCAGGUACCCACAGGUGGUGACUCGGCUGAUUCAUCUCUUGGGUGAGAAGAUCCUGGGCAGCCUCCAGCAGGGACCUGUGACAGGCCACCAGCUUGGGCUCCCCACGGCGGGCAGCAAGUGGGACUCAGGGAACCCGGCUGUCAACCUGUCCACGGUGGCAGUGAUGCCCGUGUCAGAGGAAGUGCCCCUCACCGCCUUCGCCCUGGAGCUGGAGCACGCCCUCAGCGCCAUCGGCCCGACCCUGCUGCUGACCAGUGACAACAUAAAACGGCGCCUCGGCUCCGCUGCCCUGGACAGUGUCCACGAGUACCGGCUGUCCAGCUGGCUGGGGCAGCAGGAGGACACGCACAGGAUCGUGCUCUACCAGGCAGACGGCACGCUCACACCCUGGACCCAGCGCUGCGUGCGCCAGGCCGACUGCAUCCUCAUCGUGGGCCUGGGUGACCAGGAGCCCACAGUAGGCGAGCUGGAGCGGAUGCUGGAGAGCACAGCUGUGCGUGCUCAGAAGCAGCUGAUCCUGCUGCACCGGGAGGAGGGCCCGGCGCCGGCCCGCACCGUGGAGUGGCUGAACAUGCGGAGCUGGUGCUCCGGCCACCUGCACCUCUGCUGCCCGCGCCGCGUCUUCUCCAGGAGGAGCCUGCCCCAGCUGGUGGAGAUGUACAAGCGCGUCUUCCAGCGGCCCCCGGACCGACACUCAGACUUCUCCCGCUUGGCCAGGGUGCUGACGGGCAACGCCAUUGCCCUGGUGCUUGGGGGAGGGGGAGCAAGACAAGCAGACAUUGCCUAUAAAGAAACAUACAAUGGUCCAUUGGAGGCUUGUGCCAGGUGGGCGUUUCUCAAGGCUUUGGCGGGUGCGGGCAUCCCUGUGGAUCUCGGUGGGCGCACAUCCAUCGGGGCCUUCAUGGGUGCCCUGUACUCUGAGGAGCGGAACUACAGCCAGAUGCGGAUCCGGGCCAAGCAGUGGGCUGAGGGCAUGACGUCCAUGAUGAAGGCUGCACUGGACCUCACCUACCCCAUCACAUCCAUGUUCUCUGGAGCCGGCUUCAACAGCAGCAUCUGCAGCGUCUUCAAGGACCGGCAGAUCGAGGACCUGUGGAUUCCCUAUUUCGCCAUCACCACUGACAUCACAGCCUCGGCCAUGCGGGUCCACACCGACGGCUCCCUGUGGCGGUAUGUGCGUGCCAGCAUGUCCCUGUCUGGUUACAUGCCACCUCUCUGUGACCCCAAGGACGGACACCUGCUGAUGGAUGGGGGCUACAUCAACAACCUCCCAGCGGAUGUGGCCCGGUCCAUGGGGGCAAAAGUGGUGAUUGCCAUUGAUGUGGGCAGCCGAGAUGAGACGGACCUCACCAACUAUGGGGAUGCGCUGUCUGGCUGGUGGCUGCUGUGGAAACGCUGGAACCCCUUGGCCACGAAAGUCAAGGUGUUGAACAUGGCGGAGAUUCAGACGCGCCUGGCCUACGUGUGCUGCGUGCGGCAGCUGGAGGUGGUGAAGAGCAGUGACUACUGCGAGUACCUGCGCCCCCCUAUCGACAGCUAUGGCACCCUGGACUUCAGCAAGUUCAACGAGAUCUGCGAAGUGGGGUACCAGCACGGGCGCACGGUGUUUGACAUCUGGGGCCGCAGUGGCGUGCUGGAGAAGAUGCUGCGCGACCAGCAGGGCCCAAGCAAGAGGCCCUCAAGUGAGGUCCUCACCUGUCCCAACGCCUCCUUCACGGACCUUGCUGAAAUUGUGUCUUGCAUUGAGCCCGCCAAGCCCGCCAUGGUGGAUGACGAAUCUGACUACCAGACGGAGUAUGAGGAGGAGCUGCUGGACGUCCCCAGGGAUGCAUACGCAGACUUCCAGAGUACCUCGGCGGAGCGGGGCUCAGACUCGGAGGAUGAGUCCUUGCUGCAGCAUGGACACCCCAACCUGGCUUUCCCAAAACUGUCCGAGGGCUCCUCUGACCAGGAUGGGUAGAGGCCUGUGCUAAAGAGCCCAGAUGCAGUGUCUUCUGUGGGACUGUCCCCAAGGCUGAGGCUGCUGCCAACUCCUAGGGUCCUCUGUACCUGCCCUGCUGGAAGCCCCAGCUUUCCCCGGAGCCCCAGGCUGUGUUAGGAUUCUCUGGGCCUCUUCUCUGUACCUGCAGCCCUGCACACAGGGCCCUGUGAGCUCCCCCUGCAGCCCUGUGAG